UGUUGGCAAUUUCAACCAGUAGCUGAGGUCUGCUGUGUUUUGACUCCUUCGAAUCCGCCAGAGGUUGAGUCCAAUGCGGCUGGAGCUGCGUUGCUGUGCGCCUGUGUGUAACCCUGUGUGCUCACAGGCACCGCCAACAUGUUCGGAGUGUGAACAUUACCAGCGGAAUCCCAGAGCGGCGGGUGUCCGAGCGGGCUCACUGCUCCACCGCCCAGGAUGGAGCCCGGAGUUGGGUCACCUGCAGUGCCCCCACUGACAGUAUUCACAGAGGCAGCGCUGCGGACAUGAGGAUCUCUUCCCCAGUCGAGCUGCCUUCCCCAGGGAGCUGAGUCUCCAACUCCGUCCGUGCCGGUGUAAUCUCUUGUUUUGUUUGGCGGGGAGAGGGUGUUGGUGGGGAUAUCCCCGUUAUCCCAUCCUUGCGUUUGUAUGGAUUGGACAGGAUGUGAUGGGAGCUGUGGACGAGAGGUGAGCCUGUUAAGUGCUGAGCUCUAUGCUGAGCUGCACAUUAACACCCAGUCCAACACUGUGUAGAUGUUCGGCGCUGCUUCCUCUGCAGGGUGUUUUUUUUCAAAGCCGUGCGGGUUCUGCUUUCCUUUGAACUGCUGCUGAAAUCCUACUGAAGGAGGUGAAGAAGGCAACGCACGCAAAUGUAUGUUUCCAGAUAUUUUAUAUCUGUCAACUUGAAUCAAUGGUAUUAAGAGAGGGGGCGCCAGGCGACGUUAAAACACGUUAUUCGGGACCCCUCAACAAGAGCAGGAAGGGGCGAGCGGAAUGCACUGAACUCGGAUCAGCUCAGUGGCUGGACCAGAUUGCAACACCUUAGAAGGGUUGAAGCGACAGAGAGGGAGAGAGAGAGAUCGCGGCAGCCAGCGAGCCCCAGCACCACUGCCUACCUUCUGAUGCGGCUCUCCUCUGGUUUGUGAGAGUGUGAGUGUGUGUGUGUGCGUGCGGUUUCUCCUCCAGGAUGCAGACAAUCUCCAGGACCUACCGAGCUGGCUUCUUCUGGCGCUGCCUGCGCCGUCUCGGCACGCUCUUGGUGCUAUGGAUCUGGGGCUUGCUCUCCAGCUCGGCUCUGGGGCUGAGGAACAGUCGCCUGGAAGCCGACUCCAAGCUGCCCAUCAUGGGGCUGAUGCCCAUCAACAAGGCGGCAGAGAGCAUCUCCGAGGGCAUCAUACCAGCCGUCGAGCUGGCCACAGAACACGUCCACAACAAAUUCUUACCCAACACCAGCAAACUGGUCCUGAAGUGGUACGACUCCGAGUGUGAUAAUGCUAAAGGACUCAAAGCAUUCUUUGAUGGCAUUAAAUAUGGACCUAAGCAUCUGAUGAUAUUUGGUGGAGUGUGCCCAUCUAUUACAUCCAUCAUUGCUGAAUCCCUUAGAGAAUGGAAUCUGGUCCAGCUUUCAUUUGCUGCAACUACCCCAGUCCUGGCUGAUAAGAAGAAAUAUCCCAAUUUCUUCCGGACAGUCCCAUCGGAUAAUGCAGUCAAUCCUGCAGUUGUCAAGUUCCUCAAACAUUUUCAUUGGCGCCGGGUAGGAACAUUGACACAGGAUGUGCAGCGAUUCUCUGAGGUGAGGAAUGAUCUGACCAAUGAGCUGGAGAAAGCAGACAUUCAAAUUGCAGAUACUGAGAGCUUCUCUAAUGAUCCUUGUCUCAGCGUCAGAAAACUUAGGGAUAAUGAUGUCCGAAUUAUUCUGGGCCAGUUUGAUGAGAAUAUGGCAGCAAAGGUGUUCUGUUGUGCCUACAAUGAGAAUAUGUAUGGAAUUAAAUACCAGUGGAUUAUCCCAGGGUGGUACCAGCUAAACUGGUGGAAACCAAUUGCUUCCAGUUAUUGCAAUGAAAAAAAUCUACUCACUGCCAUGGAAGGAUAUGUAGCUGUGGAUUUUGAACCACUUAGUACAAAAGAAAUCAGGACAAUAUCUGGGCUGACACCUCAACAAUACAAGCAAGAGUACAAUAAAAUGAGGGGUAGUGCUGAAUAUAGCAAAUUCCAUGGAUUUGCAUAUGAUGGAAUCUGGGUCAUUGCUACAACAUUGCAACGAGCAAUGGAUAGUUUGAAACGUCUUGGCAACCCACAAACAAUCCGCGACUUCAAUUAUAUGAACAAAGAACUUGGCCAGAUCUUCCUUGAUUCCAUGAAUGAAACCAACUUCUUUGGGGUGACUGGGCAAGUUGUGUUUAGAAAUGGAGAGCGAAUGGGAACUAUCAUAUUCUCACAGUUUCAAGACAAAAUAGAAGUUAAAGUUGGAGAAUAUAAUGCCAUAGCCGAUUCCUUGGAACUGAUUAACAACACUCUUAGAUUUCAAGGUGUUGAGCCUCCAAAGGACAGAACUAUUAUACAGCCCCAACUACGCAAGAUCUCCCUACCACUCUACAGUAUUCUUUCUGCGUUGACCGUUUUAGGAAUGUUCAUGUCCAGUGCUUUUCUCUUCUUCAACAUAAAAAAUCGAAAUCAGAAGUUGAUAAAGAUGUCCAGUCCCUACAUGAACAACCUUAUUAUCCUUGGGGGAAUGCUUUCUUAUGCAUCCAUAUUCCUUUUUGGCCUUGAUGGAUCAUUUGUCAUGCCUAACACAUUUGAGACUCUCUGUACUGUUAGAACCUGGAUUCUUACAGUUGGCUACACCACAGCAUUCGGAGCCAUGUUUGCAAAAACAUGGAGAGUUCAUGCCAUAUUUAAAAAUGUGAAAAUGAAGAAAAAGAUCAUCAAGGAUCAGAAGCUGCUUAUUAUUGUUGGUGGGAUGUUGCUCAUUGAUCUCUGCAUCCUGAUUUGCUGGCAGGUUGUGGAUCCUCUGAGGAGGACUGUGGAAGAUUAUCCUUUAGAGAUGCCAUUGAGGACAAUGGAGAAGCCGGAUCCCGCUGGGAGAGAUUUUGCAAUCCAACCUUUGCUGGAACACUGUGAAAAUUCCCACAUGAGUAUUUGGCUGGGUAUUGUGUAUGCCUAUAAAGGACUUCUGAUGUUGUUUGGAUGUUUUCUUGCAUGGGAAACACGUAAUGUAAGCAUCCCAGCACUGAACGACAGCAAGUACAUUGGAAUGAGUGUCUAUAACGUGGGAAUCAUGUGCAUAAUAGGUGCUGCUGUUUCAUUCCUCACUCGAGAUCAGCCAAAUGUCCAAUUCUGUAUUGUGGCUCUGGUGAUCAUUUUCUGCAGUACCAUCACUCUCUGCCUGGUUUUUGUGCCAAAGCUGAUAACAUUACGAACAAAUCCAGAUGCAGCCACUCAGAACAGGCGAUUGCAAUUCACCCAGAAUCAGAAGAAAGAAGAUUCAAAGACAUCAACUUCCGUAACAAGUGUGAACCAGGCAAAUACAUCUCGUCUUGAGGGGUUUCAGACUGAUAAUCAUCGUUUGCGAAUGAAAAUUACAGAGCUUGACAAAGAGCUGGAGGAGGUUACCAUGCAGUUACAGGACACGCCUGAAAAGACACAGUACAUUAAGCAAAACCAUAUUCAAGAGCUCAAUAACAUCCUGAGCAUACGGAACUUCACAGAUGGAAAAGAUAGUGACAAGCCUCUAAUGAAAAACCAGCAUGAUUCGCGGUCACAGGUGCCUUGGGGCACCACACUGGAGCCUUCCAGAACAAACAAAGAUGUCAUAGAAGAUAUCAACUCUCCAGAACAUAUACAACGCAGACUAUCUUUGCAACUACCAAUUCUUCAUCAUGCGUAUCUGCCAUCAAUAGGUGGAGUUGAUGCUAGUUGUGCCAGUCCGUGUGUUAGUCCUAAUGCCAGCCCUCGGCACAGACAUGUGCAGCCAUCAUUUCGAGUCAUGGUUUCCGGCCUGUAAAGAAGAGGUUUCGUAGCCUGAACUGAAGAGCACUCAGUGUUUGGACUGUGUACUCCACCUAGUUCUUUGCUACGUACACACCGCACGCUCUCCCUACCGCAGAAGAAUAGGCAUUUGAAACAGACACUACUGAGUUCCUGAGCCAGUUUGUGUGGUCUUGGGGAGAUGUCCUGAAUCUGACCUGUAGCCUUAUCUGUGAAGUUUUUGUUUCUGCAUAAACUGGAUGUACGUUUCCUUCCCAGAAAGAAUGACAGGUUUUCUUAAGGAAGCAGGGACUGAAGGUUUAUCAAAACUGCACAAUGUUAUUUUUUAAUGUCACAAUCACAAAGGGAGAAAUUUGAAUUGCUAUGCAAAAUUUGAUAUAUAAUAAUGGUUCACACAUUAAACGAAAUCCAGCAUAUAAAUUUUCAUUGUAGCAUUAGAGCAAAUAUUUUCACUAUUUCUGCACCUGAACAGACAAAUUAAACAUCUUGUACUAAAACCCCCAGGCAAAUGUUGAUAUGAAGAAUAAAACUUUGUAAUAUGUAUGUCCACUAUAGAAUGUAUUUCUAUUGUAGAAACAUAAGCCUGGUUUGGGAAGAUACAUUCUGUUAAGUCACAGGGGUCUUUUGAACAUGGUAAAUGGACAGUAUGUAGAAUGGUGUAGAAAUGGUUUUCCUACCAUUUUGAUAAAUAUAAAGCUUGCCAGUUAAAAAUAGUACAUCUUACUUGCAUCCUAAGCCUUUGUUACGAUAAGAUUUGUUAAAUCUUGCUCACAAUAUGAUUUGAUGAUUUCUCGUUUGGAGUAUAUUGCUAAUACUACAGAGUGAAACUGGAGUGUGCUUAUCAAGUCAAAACCUGAGCAUUACCGCUGGACAUGUCAGUUCCUAAUUGAACAGAAGAAUCAAACAAAUGAUGUGUUUUCCUCAGUUCAAAAACAGAAAGUGAAAGUUAAACAGGUUUGAUAUAGAUGUAUGUCACUCUCCAUCUCAGUCUUCCUAUAUGCCUUCUGUAUUUUUAUUUGGUUAUCUCACUCCUUGUGCAUAUUCAUUAUGUCCUUGAUCAAAAUACCACAUAGGACUAAAUGAAGGGCUGUCACAUGUGAAAAAAAUGUCUUCAUAAUUUCCCCUGAAUUGACAUCAGUAGCCAAUCUGCUGAAUCUGAACAAAGAAGAAGGAAGUACUGUAUUCUUGAUAUGUUUAGGUAGUACAAAAAGAUGAAACAAAAAUCUGUUUUGAAACUAAAAUACAAGGUGUACGAAGAAAAAUAUAAGUGCAAGUUGAGCUUUUGCAUAACUUGUGACCUUUGUUUAUCAUCAGCUGGCAUGAGUCUGAAAUGUUCAGAAACCUGUCUUUCUGCUUGACAAUCUCCAACUAAGUCAGAUAUGUUCUCAUUGGUAGCUUCUGUUUUUCUGAUAUACAGCACACAUUUAGUGCCUCUAGGGUCUCACCCCAUUUCUUUACACUCAUAAAAUUUCAAAGCAGGUGAGUAACAGCAAAGGUUUAGGGACCUCCAAAAGUGUAGCAGGACUCCUGGGGUUUUUAAAAUAAGCUAGAACCUGCACUUUGUCAAAGUUGACAUUAAACUUCCAACUGUUUACGAACAUAGAACUAUGGUAAGUUUCCAGUUAUUUGUCCAGCUUGGACUAUCCUUCCUGUGAGGACAGUAUUUUGCCAAAUUAUCUGGGUACAAAUAUGAAGAAUCCCAAUACCUAUGACAAAGAGACUCCAUUAGGUUCCCUUAGUGAGCUGAAUUCACAGACCAAGCAGUUGCAUCAUUUUAGAGGAUUUUGGAACUACCUGGCUCUGGUAUGAAUAUCCAAGUAUGUCUCAGCAAACUGACUUUGUGUUAUCUCCUGUUCCUAUGUAUCAUCUUGGAGUUAAAUCCCUACAGGAUGCUUACUUACACCUCCUUCGAGAAGGAUAGUGCCCAGUUGAGGUGGCUGACAAGUGUGGGCUUCAGCCCUCAUUCAUAGACUACAUAUAGCAGGCACUUGUCUUGACUGGCAUGGAGAAGCAUCUAAAUGGUCAACUGGUGCUUUACUGCUACCAUAGCUGUCAAUGGUUGUAUGUCAGAACUUAGAUUCUGUCUGUGUUCAAAAGGCUCCAUUGAAGCUCGGGUUUGCACUUCCCUGAGCCAGAUUUGUAGUUCUGUCAAUAUUGCACAGUCCUGUGUUCAUCAAUGUCAAAGGAGCAUGCUCAAUGCACUGAUAAACCAGUAAUAAUAAGCUUUUAAUUAACAUUGUGAAGAAAAUGCUGUUUUCUGGUAUUCUGAAUGGUAAAUACUGGCUGUUAAUGUGUUUCCCUGCCUCCUUAACUUUUAACCAGGUUAAUUUUGAAGACAGUUCAUCAUAUGGAAGGAGGACUGACUACUGUAUAUAAUGUAUACACAAAGUUCUCUGUAGAAAUAUUAUUAUAAUAUAGCAGGAAAAAACAAAAAAAAGUAUUGGACUUGGAGGUGAGCGUGUGUAUCUGUGACUGUCUGUGAAUACUGACUGUGUGCAGUUUAUUAGGUUUAAACCAUGCAGUACAUUUCUGUCUUAAUGAUACCGUAGUUCUUUCCCAUAAGGAAACAUUUUUAUUUCCUGCUACUAUCAAAGACUCACAAAAUAAUAUAGUUAUUUAAUGUUUCUGUUCUUUUAUACUGCAGCAAAAAAGGGUAAAUUUAUGGAGAAGGCUGUGCCCUAAUGGCAUUUUCCAAAACAUAUUCGUGCACAAAUGCUUUAAACUAGACUGGAAUUGCCAGGAUAAACUGUAAAUGGACAGGAGGUUUCUUGUACCCUUAUACUGCAUGAAUCAAUUUUUAAUAAAUUGUUGCAAAUCUGUUUUUAUGAAUAAAAUA